GGCGAUCAGUUCGAGCUGAGAUCGCGACGCGUUCGCUUCGAUUUCUUACCCGCUAGCCGUGCAUUUUCGAUCCCCGAGAUUGACAAACAAUACAAACGCAAAACAAAGUUGUACUCAAAAAAAAAAACAAACAAAACGCGUAGCAAAUUCAACUAUUUUUAGCGGAUUACCAGCCAAGUGAAGUGUAAUGAAAUGUGUACAGCGGCCAGAAACUAACAACCUGUCGCUGUGGCUGGCAAAAAGCGUUAACAAUAAAUAAGCGAAACAAUACCAACAGCACAGCCAGUUCAACUGUAUAACAAUGUGGAGAGAAGGCACCUCGAGGAAUUGCUAGUCGGGUCCAUUAGCAGUCAAUCAGCCGAAGAGCCAGCAGAAGAUACAGAUACAGCCAGCGGAAGAGAUACAGAAUGCACGAGAGACAAGUGAAGAAGUUGAAGGGCAGCCAUUAUGUGGCCACGCACGGGCGCCUCACUCCGGACCCGCCCUACGUGCACUCCAACCGGGGCUACUCCACGGACGGGGACGAGACCCACUCCCACCGCGCUCCCUCGGAGCGCACCUACUCGGAGUACACGCUGACCCACGAGCGCAUCUCGCCGCAGUACAAUCCAGGGCGCAAGAAGCGCUCCUCUUCGGCGAACGGCCACCACCAGCACCUCCAGAGCAGCUACAGCCACAGUCAGAUGGGCCUCUCCAGUUCGCCGGACAACGGCGGUCCCCGCUCGCUCAGCGGUCCGCCGCCGACGCGUCAGCCGCCGCGUGCUCCGUCCGCCCUGAGCUACGACCAGGCCGGGGACGCUGGCAGCGACAUCUACGUGACCAGUGCCGCCUACAAGGCUCCCUCCGAGAUCAGUCGCUACAGCCAGCGACCGGUGUCCCGAGGAGCCCCGCGGAGUGUCUAUUCGGUGGCCAGUACGGCCAAAACCGGACGCAGUGCCCGUUCGACGACCAGGAGGGGUGCCAAGAUCGAGACGAUGUCUGCCCCGAACCCAUUCUGCCCGAAUGUCAAGGGCGUCUGCUGCCUGAUGCUGCUGCUGAAUCUGGGCCUGAUCCUGGUCACCCUGGGCUUUGUGAUCGUGGUGCAGUUCUACGAGCCGCUUUACGUGUGGAUCCUGGGAAUUGUGUUCCUGAUUUUCGGCUUCCUCACGCUGAUCGGCUGCAUGAUCUACUGUGUGUAUGUGUUCCGGGACGCCAAGACGCCGUCCCAGGUGCGGAACGAGGAUCUCUACUGGACGCGUCACUGGCAGAAGAACAUUGGAUACACGCCGCAGGAGAUCAACUACAAGGCGGACAAGUACGAUGCCUACUCCGAUCGCUAUUCGGUCAGCAAGCUGAGUGGCAAAUAUUCGGACAGGGAGAGCCAGCGAUAUUGAUUCUUUUUGUUAUAUACAUACAUACAUAUACGGUUUGAUGGGGGGAUCCUUCAGCCGGAGACAGCGAAAAAUAUGCAUAGAAACGUAUAAACCACUUAUAUCUUAACUAAUUGUAAGACUAUCUACUAGUUCUAAACGGUUAUUAACAAGGCCCCUCAACGUACCUGCUGCAAGUUGCUUGCUAGUUUGUAUGUCUUAAGAGAGAAACUGGACGGAAACGAGAGGAUACAUGAGAGUAUUGUAAUCUGCCAUAUUUGAGAAGGUUUACCGCUCGUUCGGCUAAUCAAAAACAGAGAGUUUUAUGCUAAAAUUGUAACUGCAAUUGUAACACAUGAGAAAUAAACAAGCAAAUAAUACGUAAUACAGAAAACAA